AUGGAAAUUGAAUAAUGCAAAUAUAAUUAUGAUUUUUUAUUUAAAAUAGUAUUAGUAGGAGACAUAGCAGUAGGAAAAAGUAAUAUAUUAUCAAGAUUUACUCGAGAAGAUUUCCAAAUAGACAAUACGUCAACAAUCGGAGUCGAGUUCGCUAACCGAGUUAUAACGGCCGAAGAUAAAAUAAUAUAAUUAUAAAUAUGGGACACAGCCGGUUAGGAAACAUUUAAAGCUGUAACUUAAUAAUAUUUUAGAGGAGCAAUAGGUGCUAUGUUGAUAUAUGAUAUAUCAAAAAAAUCAACGUUUUAAAGUUGCGAAUAAUGGUUAUAAAUGAUUAAAGAUUAUGGUGAAAAACAUACUCAAAUUCUUUUGGUUGGAAAUAAAUGCGAUUUAAUUAAUUUAAGGGCUGUAAGUUUAAAUGAAGCUUGUGAUUUUGCUUAAGCUUGUGGAAUAUAAUAUAUAGAAGUAAGCGCUUUAGAAGACGUUAAUAUUGAUACAGCAUUUACUUAAUUAGUUUCUGGUUUUUUUAAAAAUAAAAUAAAUAAAAUAAAAUAAAAUAAAAAUAGAUAUUUUUAUAUAUUAAUUUUAUACAUUUUUUAUUUUUAGAAAUAUAUGAUUUGUGUAUUUCUAAUGAUUAUAAUACUUCUACUAAUAAAAAUAAAAAAUUAUAAGAUGGAGUUUAUUUACCAAGAAAAAAUUUUUGUUGUGGGAAAGAUGGAUUUAGUUGAAUUUUGUAUUUUUUAUUAUUUUUUUAAAUAUAAAAAAAUAUUAAUAAAUUAUUUUAUUUAAAAUUUUUAUUUCUUUAUAUAUAAUUUGUUAAUUUGUAUAGAACUAUUUUUUUUUAGUUUUAACUAAAAAGUAAAUUUUUAUAUAUAUUUUUUUUUCUUCGAAAAAAAAAAAAAAAAAAAAUAUUGA